UUUGAAAAAAAUCAGCAUUCAAAUAAGGCCCACUGUCACAUCAAGGAUGGCAACAGGUGUGCAAAUUACCCACUCCUGACCUGCGGAGGUAGUAACAAUAAAUAACAGUACAGGGCUUUUUCAAUGCCCUGUAAUUGGAAUGAGUCAUUUAAAUCCUUUAACGAAGAUCCAUUGGAGGGCGUGUUCUCGUCGCAGCGCCGGCACCUGAGGGGACUCACGGGCGGAAGCGUGUGCGGAAGGGGGCGAGACGCCGCCACCUCUCACACACGGAGUGGGGCGGGGUGGGCUGCCAGAGGGAACGGAGGGACGAGGCGCAACCGAAACUGGAGAGUCGCCGGCGAGUCGCCCAAAGCCGGGGCGCGAGCGGAGGGUACCUGCCAAAACCUGAGGCUGGUGAGCGGGCGCCGGGCCAGCGGACAGCCUCCCCCAGAUGCCCGGGGCCUCAGACGGUUGCUCGCAGGUCGCUCCACUACGGCUCUGAGACCUCCCGCCAACUCGGAGCGGGGCCGUCGCGGGCCAAUCAGCGCGCAGAGCACGCCGCUGGGGGCGGGGGUCCACUCGAGGCUGCGCGCGCCACGCCUCCCCGCCCCCAACGCCCGCUGCGUUAGGAGCCUUCGCGACCCGCCCACCUUCUACCGUUACCGGGCCCUAACUUGCCCUUUUAGCAAGGUCCUGGCAAAACGCCGCGACCCUCCCACACUUCCUUCUGCCUUCUAUUGUAACCCCCUCCCCUUGGGCACUUACCAAAAUCAGACUUGGAUUACAGCCAUUUAUCUUCCCCCCAGUGAGAUGGAGAGGCCCUGCAGGGCUGGCACUCCCCUGCCCCACCGCACCAGGCACAGACACUGAUGGGUCCUCGGCAAA